AUGACCACUUUACUCCUGGUGUUUGUGACUCUGAGAGUCAUCACAGCCGUCAGCUCCCUAGAAGCUUCAGACCCUGACAACUCACUGAGUGUCAGCAUCCCUGAACCGUCCCCUCUGCGGGUCCUCCUGGGGAACUCCCUCAGCAUCCCCUGCUACUUCAUCGACCCCAUGCAUCCUGUGACCACCGCCCCCUCCACUGCCCCCCUCGCCCCGAGAAUUAAGUGGAGCCGCAUUUCCAAGGAGAAGGAAGUGGUCCUGUUGGUAGCCACGGAAGGACAGGUGCGGGUCAACAGUGCCUACCAAGACAAGGUCUCGCUGCCCAACUACCCGGCCAUUCCCAGCGAUGCCACCUUGGAAAUCCAGAACCUUCGCUCCAAUGACUCUGGGAUCUACCGCUGUGAGGUUAUGCACGGCAUUGAGGACAGCGAGGCUACCGUAGAGGUCGUGGUGAAAGGCAUUGUGUUCCAUUACAGAGCCAUCUCCACGCGCUACACGCUGGACUUUGACAGGGCGCAGCGGGCCUGCCUGCAGAACAGUGCCAUCAUUGCCACCCCCGAGCAGCUGCAGGCCGCCUACGAGGACGGCUUCCACCAGUGUGACGCCGGCUGGCUGGCCGACCAGACUGUCAGGUACCCCAUCCACACUCCCCGGGAAGGCUGCUAUGGGGACAAGGACGAGUUUCCAGGCGUGAGAACCUAUGGCAUCCGCGACACCAAUGAGACCUACGAUGUCUACUGCUUCGCUGAGGAGAUGGAGGGUGAGGUCUUCUAUGCGACGUCUCCAGACAAGUUCACCUUCCAGGAGGCGGCCGAUGAGUGCCGGCGGCUGGGCGCACGACUGGCCACCACGGGCCAACUCUACCUGGCCUGGCAGGGCGGCAUGGAUGUGUGCAGUGCCGGCUGGCUGGCCGACCGCAGCGUGCGCUACCCCAUCUCCAAGGCCCGGCCCAACUGUGGGGGCAAUCUCCUGGGCGUGCGGACCGUCUACCUGCACGCCAACCAGACAGGCUACCCGGACCCCUCGUCCCGCUACGAUGCCAUCUGCUACACAGGUGAAGACUUUGUGGACAUCCCAGAAAACUUCUUCGGGGUUGGCGGCGAGGAGGACAUCACCAUCCAGACCGUGACCUGGCCUGACGUGGAGUUGCCGCUGCCCGGAAAUGUCACCGAGGGUGAAGCCCGAGGCAACGUGAUCCUCACCGUGAGACCCGUCUUCGGUGUCUCUCCCACUGUCCCGGAGCCCGAGGAGCCCUUCACGUUCGCCCCGGAGCCCGAGGAGCCCUUCACAUUUGCCCCUGUUGGAGGGGCCACUGCCUUCCCUGAGGCUGAGAACAGGACUGGAGAGAUCACGGGGCCCUGGGGUGUUCCCGCCACGCCCGGCCCAGCCUUCACCGCCUUCACCAGUGAGGACCAUGUCGUGCAGGUGACCGCAGCCCCAGGCGCAGCUGAGGUGUCUGGGCGGCCACGAUUGCCUGGGGGGGUUGUGUUCCACUACCGCCCAGGAUCCACCCGCUACUCACUGACCUUUGAGGAGGCUCAGCAGGCCUGUCUGCGCACUGGGGCUGUCAUCGCCUCCCCGGAGCAGCUCCAGGCCGCCUACGAAGCAGGCUACGAGCAGUGUGAUGCUGGCUGGCUGCAGGACCAGACCGUCAGAUACCCCAUUGUGAGCCCACGGACUCCGUGUGUGGGUGACAAAGACAGCAGCCCAGGGGUCAGGACCUACGGUGUGCGGCCAGCAUCAGAAACCUAUGACGUCUACUGCUACGUGGACAGGCUCGAAGGGGAGGUGUUCUUCGUCACACGCCUGGAGCAGUUCACCUUCCAGGAAGCGCUGGCAUUCUGUGAAUCUCACAACGCCACCCUGGCCUCCACGGGCCAGCUCUAUGCCGCCUGGAGCCGAGGCCUGGACAAGUGCUACGCUGGCUGGCUGUCGGACGGCAGCCUCCGUUACCCCAUCGUCACCCCGAGGCCUUCCUGCGGCGGAGACAAGCCAGGCGUGAGAACUGUCUACCUCUACCCCAACCAGACAGGCCUCCCUGACCCCCAGUCCCGGCACCACGCCUUCUGCUUCCGAGGUGUCUCAGCAGCGCCUUCUCCAGGAGAAGAAGAGGGUGGCACACCCACUCCCUCUGUUGUGGAGGACUGGAUCGCUACCCAGGUGGGGCCUGGAGUGGCUGCUGUCCCUGUGGGGGAGGAGACGACGGCCAUCCCAGACUUCACCAUUGAGCCGGAAAACCAGACGGAAUGGGAACCAGCCUACAGCCCAGCGGGCACUUCCCCACCGCCAGGGAUCCCUCCAACAUGGCCUCCCACCAGCACAGCAACAGAGGAGAGCACAGAAGGCCCUUCUGGAACGGAAGUACCCUCAGCCUCAGUGGAGCCAUCCCCCUCAGUGGAGCCAUCCCCCUCAGAGGAGCCAUCCCCAUCAGAGGAGCCAUCCCCCUCAGAGGAGCCAUCCCCAUCAGAGGAGCUAUCCCCCUCAGCGGAGCCAUCCCCAUCAGAGGGGCCGUCCCCCUCAGAAGAGCCAUCCCCCUCAGAGGAACCUUCAUUCCCCUGGGAGGAGCUGUCCACACUUUCACCCUCAGUGCCCAGUGGGACUGAGCUGCCAGGCUCUGGGGAAGUAUCUGGGGUACCUGAAGUCAGUGGUGACUUCACGGGCAUGGGAGAAGUUUCAGGACAUCUGGACUCCAGUGCGCAACCCUCAGGAGAAAGUGCAAGCGGACUGCCCUCUGAAGAUCUUGACGCCAGUGGACUCAACUCUACUGUGGGCUCAGGCAUGCCUGUGGGAAGUGGACUGGCUUCAGGAGAUGAAGAUAAAAUUCCAUGGUCCAGCAUUCCUAAAGUUGGAGGUGAGGGCCUAGAGACCUCUGCCUCUGGAAUAGGGGAACUCAGCGGGCUACCUUCUGGAGAAGGUCCAGAAGCUUCUGCCUCUGGAGUAGAGGACCUCAGCAGGCUGCCUUCUGGAAAAGGUCCAGAAGUCUCUGUCUCUGGAGUAGAGGACCUCAGUGGAUUACCUUCUGGAGAAGGUCCAGAAGUCUCUGCCUCUGGAGUAGAGGACAUCAGCCAGCUGCCUUCUGGAGAAGGUCCAGAAGUCUCUGUCUCUGGAGUAGAGGACCUCAGUGGAUUACCUUCUGGAGAAGGUCCAGAAGUCUCAGCCUCUGGAGUAGAGGACAUCAGUGGAUUAACUUCUGGAGAAGGUCCAGAAGUCUCAGCCUCUGGAGUAGAGGACCUUGGUGGACUUCCUUCUGGAGAAGGUCCAGAAGUCUCUGCCUCUGGAGUAGAGGACAUCAGCCGGCUACCUUCUGGAGAAGGUCCAGAAGUCUCUGCCUCUGGAGUAGAGGACCUCAGUGGACUUCCUUCUGGAGAAGGUCCAGAAGUCUCUGCCUCUGGAGUAGAGGACAUCAGCCGGCUACCUUCUGGAGAAGGUCCAGAAGUCUCUGCCUCUGGAGUAGAGGACAUCAGCCGGCUACCUUCUGGAGAAGGUCCAGAAGUCUCUGCCUCUGGAGUAGAGGACCUCAGUGGAUUGCCUUCUGGAGAAGGUCCAGAAGUCUCAGCCUCUGGAAUAGAGGACUUCAGUGGAUUACCUUCUGGAAAAGGUCCAGAAGUCUCUGCCUCUGGAGUAGGAGACCUCAGUGGACUUCCUUCUGGGGGAGAAGGAAUAGAGACCUCUACCUCUGGUAUAGGGGACCUCAGCAGGUUGCCUUCUGGAGAAGCUUCUGCCUCUGGAGUAGGAGACCUCAGCGGGCUACCUUCUGGAGAAGUUCCAGAAGUCUCUGCUUCUGGAGUAGGAGACCUCAGUGGAUUUCCUUCUGGAAGAGAAGGUCUAGAGACUUCUGCCUCUGGUGUAGGGGACCUCAGCGGGCUGUCUUCUGGAGAAGGCCCAGAAGCCUCUGCCUCUGGAAUAGGGGACCUCAGUGGACUUCCUUCUGGAAGAGAAGGUCUAGAGACCUCUGCUUCUGGAGUAGAGGACCUCGGUGGAUUACCUUCAGGAGGCGAGGGUCUAGAGACCUCUGUUUCUGGUGCUGAGGAUCUCAGCGGGUUACCCUCUGGAAAAGAAGACUCAGUUGGUUCAGCUUCUGGAGCCUUGGACUUUGGCAGAAUACCUUCUGGAACUGUGGGAAGUGGGCAAGCUCCAGAAGCAAGUGGCCUUCCUUCAGGGUUUAGUGGUGAGUAUUCAGGGAUGGACCUUGGAAGUGGCCCAUUCUCUGGUCUACCUGACUUUAGUGGACUUCCCUCUGGAUUCCCAACUGUCUCCCUAGUGGAUACUACCUUGGUGGAAGUGGUCACAGCUACCAGUGCAAGUGAACUGGAAGGGAGGGGAACCAUUGGCAUCAGCGGUGCUGGAGAAACGUCAGGACUGCCCUUCAGUGAGCUGGACAUUAGUGGGGCAGUUAGUGGCCUCCCUUCAGGAGCUGAACUCAGUGGGCAAGCAUCUGGGUCUCCUGAUAUCAGUGGGGAAACAUCUGGAUUCUUUGGUGUCAGUGGACAGCCAUCAGGAUUUCCUGACAUCAGUGGGGGAACAUCUGGGCUUUUUGAGGUCAGUGGACAGCCAUCAGGGUUUUCUGGGGAAACAUCUGGAGUGACCGAGCUUAGUGGACUGCCCUCCGGACAACCGGAUGUCAGUGGAGAAGCCUCUGGAGUUCUUUCUGGCAGUGGCCCACCAUUUGGCAUAACUGACCUCAGUGGAGAAGGAUCUGGAAUCCCUGAUACCAGUGGGCAACCAUCAGGGUUGCCAGAGUUCAGUGGGACAACUUCUGAAGUCCCUGGCCUGGUUCCCGGGACCAUGAGUGGCAGUGGCGAGUCUUCUGGAAUUACAUUUGUGGACACAAGUUUGGUUGAAGUGACCCCAACUAUGUUUAUAGAAGAAGAAGGUUUAGGGUCUGUGGAAGUCCGUGGACUCCCUUCAGGGGAGGCAGAUGUCUCGGGCAUAUCUGGGAUCAUGGAUGUCAGUGGCCAAUCUUCUGGAGCAAUUGACUCUAGCGGGUUGACAUCCCAGCCUCCAGAAUUCAGUGGCCUGCCAAGUGGAGUAGCAGAAGUCAGUGGAGAAUCCUCUGGAGCAGAGACUGGGAGCAGCCCGCCCUCGGGAGCCUAUGACAGCAGUGGAUUCCCAUCCGGGCUCCCCACUGUGUCUCUUGUAGACAGAACUUUGGUGGAAUCCAUCACCCAGACUCCAACAGCCCAGGAAGCAGGAGAAGGGCCUUCGGGCAUUUUGGAACUCAGCGGGGCCCAUUCUGGAGCCCCAGACGUGUCUGGAGACCACUCGGGGGGUUUGGACUUAAGCGGGCUGCAGUCCGGGCUGCUGGAGCCCAGUGGAGAGCCAUCAAGUACUCCGUAUUUUAGCGGGGACCUUUCUGGCACCGUGGAUGUAAGUGGAGAUUCCUCUGCAGCCACAAGCACCAGUGGGGAGGCCUCGGGGCUUCCCGAAGUUACUUUAAUCACUUCAGAGUUCGUGGAGGGUGUCACCGAACCAACUGUUUCCCAGGAGCUUGCCCAAAGACCCCCUGUGACACAUACCCCCCAGCUGUUUGAGUCCAGUGGAGAAGCCUCUACGUCUGGGGAAGUUAGUGGAGCUACACCAAGGUUCCCCGGGGCUGGGCUAGAAGAGUCAUCAGUCCCGGAAUCCGGCAGCGAGAUGUCUGUCUUUCCUGAGGCUGGGGUGGGGGCGUCUGCCACCCCUGAGGCCAGCGGACAAACUUCCGGGGCCCCUGAGGUAGGUGAAGCCACCUCUGCCUUCCCUGAAACGGAUGUGGAGGGAGCCUCAGGCCUGGGAGUGAGCAGCAGCACCUCUGCCUUUCCUGAAGGCCCCAGGGAGGGCUCUGCCACCCCGGAAGUACAAGAGGAGCCGACCAGCUCCUAUGCUGUGGGCACAGAGGCAUCAGGCUGGCCUUCGGCCACUCCGAUGACAUCUGGAGACAGGACUGAGGUCAGUGGAGACCUGUCUGGUCCCACGUCGGGGCUGGAUGUUGUUACGAACCCCAGCGUCUCAGAGUCCGAGCGGAUCCAGCAGACCCAGCGCCCUGCAGAGGCACCUCUAGAAAUCGGGUCCUCAAGCCCCUUGCACUCAGGAGAAGAGACCCAAACCGCCGAAACAGCCACCUUCCCCACGGGUGUUUCCAUCCCCACUUCUCCACGAGGGACAGAUGAAUCCGCACCAACCACUCCAGACAUUGACGAAUGCCUCUCAAGUCCUUGUCUGAAUGGAGCCACCUGCGUGGACGCCAUCGACUCUUUCACAUGCUUAUGCCUUCCCAGCUACCGAGGGGACCUGUGUGAGAUUGACCAGGAGCUGUGUGAGGAGGGCUGGACCAAGUUCCAGGGUCACUGUUACCGCUACUUCCCGGACCGCGAGAGCUGGGUGGAUGCCGAGAGCCGGUGUCGGGCCCAACAGUCACACCUGAGCAGCAUCGUCACCCCCGAGGAGCAGGAGUUUGUCAACAACAACGCCCAAGACUACCAGUGGAUCGGCCUGAAUGACAGGACCAUCGAAGGGGACUUCCGCUGGUCAGAUGGGCACUCCUUGCAAUUUGAGAACUGGCGCCCCAACCAGCCGGACAACUUCUUCGUCAGCGGAGAGGACUGCGUGGUGAUGAUCUGGCACGAGAAGGGAGAGUGGAACGACGUGCCCUGCAAUUACCACCUGCCCUUCACGUGUAAAAAGGGCACAGUGGCCUGCGGAGAUCCCCCCGUGGUGGAACACGCCAGAACCUUCGGGCAGAAGAAGGACCGGUAUGAGAUCAAUUCACUGGUGCGGUACCAGUGCACCGAGGGUUUUGUCCAGCGCCACGUGCCCACCAUCCGCUGCCAGCCCAGCGGGCACUGGGAGGAGCCUCGGGUCACCUGCACAGACCCCUCCACAUACAAGCGCAGACUACAGAAGCGGAGCCCACGGGCCCCACGGAGGAGCCGCCCCAGCACAGCCCACUGAGGGGAGCCUCCAGGACGCGCCCAGGAUGCUGAGCCCAGGAGCCUCGCCAGGCUGACGUCCCACACGGAUGGUGUCCCCUUCUUGUCGCUUUCUGUCAUAUAAGGAAUUCCAUUAAAGAAGGAGAAAAAUAAAUCCCACAUUGUGUAUGCAACCGCCCCCCCGCCCCCCCCAAUUGCCAAAACUGCAUCUGAUUUCCCCCCCAAUGCCAAAGCCAAGCAAACGUAUUGUAACCCGUGGACUGAGUUUAGAGACGUUUCUU